GCAAGGGUUGUUGAUUAUUUUUUACUUCGCUCAAAACCCGAAAUGUGGAGUAACUUUCGUCAAUGUAGCGGGUGAUUUGAGGGCGUUUUACGCCGCAAAUGGCGCAAGAGAAGUGAAUUUCAGAAUACUGAAAUGGAACUCAUCUCCAGUGCCAUGGAAGAGGGCUGGGGAAGCAGCUCAACACAGGAAAAAUCGCACUUAAGCAGGCAAUCCUCACUAGUGGAUGAAGGCAUGAAGGGCAGGGCAGACCCGUUGCUCAGCCAAGAGCCAGCCAGUGUACUGCCCUCAUAUGCCAGCCUGAUGGACACAGAUGUUGGCCAUGACUUCUCGGAGGACAAGCUGAUGAAGUCAGGCAAUCUGUACAGCCUCUACUUGCUGAACUCUGACUCUGGCAGUCGACAACUCAAGGCAAAUGAGGGACUGACAGACACCUCAUCAGUGACCAGCAAGGACAAGAAAGACAACAAUGGUGAUACAGACGAAGAGAUAGACGUAGAGACGGAUGGGGUGAAAGACCCCAGUCCAGAGAAGGUGGUAGAGAAUGGUCACUAUGAUGCGCUGUUUGAGGGCAUGCCGUUCACUGAACUCAAAGGCAAGGAAGUGGGACCUUGCUCAUACUGUAACCUGUGGCGUACCAUUCGCUUCAUGUCCUACUGUGGCCGGUUCCCCUUCUGCAGUGUGUACUGCACCAAGAAGUUUGCUGUCUACAAACGGGAGAGGGGAGAGCUGUCUGAGAAGACACCGGAGGACAUUAAAGCCAUCAAUAAACUCAAGGUCCCCACGUUGUUUGAGAACCAGAAAGCCCGGCCGCUGUUCCCCUCCUCACAGAUAAUGGAAGUAGACAACAAACGCCCCAGAGUCUGCACUAAUGGAUCUGUGGACGGCCCAGAGAGCCUCAAGCAGUUCGAUUGGCCAUUGUAUCUGGAAGGACUCAAUGCAGAGGCAGCACCGGUGAAAUGCUUCCACCAUGCUCCCCUUGCCAAGGAGUGGAAGGCUAAUCUAAUCGGUGCACUAGUAGAAGUGCAGAAUCGCGAACCAGAGGACACUAAAGACUGCUUCUGGAUUGCAAGAAUCAUCAAAGUUGCAGGGUAUAAAGCAAAGUUGAGAUUUGAGGGUUAUGGUAUGGACAGCUCCCAUGAUUUUUGGAUCCAUCUAUGCAAAGCUGAGUGUUAUCCAGUCAACGGUGCUGAGAAAGUUGGCAAGCAGUUGAAGCCCCCAAAAGAAGUUCUGGAUAAGCUUGGCUGUAACUGGCGUGAGCACACCACAAGAGUUGCUCACUCUGGAAGUCCGACAUUCAGCAUUGAUAAAGAGAAGCUUGAUGAAAGCCUGACCUCCCCAUUCAAGAAGGACACCCAACUGGAGGUGGUCUACAAGCGACAGGUGUCAAGCACCUGUGUGGCCACCAUCAAGAAAGUGGUAGCCGACCGCAUCUAUGUGCAAUAUGAGAACUGCAAGGAUACCAGCAAGGAUUUCUGGUUCCAUCAGACCUCCCCACUCAUCCACCCAGUUGGAUGGUCCCAGCGGGUCCACCACCCUCUGGUUGCAACCGCAGCGUACAAGGCUGAAGCUCUAGACAAGGGACGGAAAAAGAAAGGAGGUCCUCGUGAUGCACCCUGGGAAGUCUUUCAGUUGCCGAAGCCCAUUCCCGAGGAGCAGAACUUCUGCGUGGGCAUGAAACUCGAAGCCAUUGACCCACUGAAGCUAGGCAGCGUCAGUGUGGCCACGGUGGUCCAGACACUGGGAGACGGCUACCUGAUGAUAGCCAUUGAUGGCUGCCUGCACGACGUGGCCAGCUGGUUCUGUUAUCAUGCCACCUCAUCCUCCCUCCUACCCAUCGGUUUCUGCGAGUAUCACCAGAUAGAGCUGGUCCCUCCAAGAGGGUAUGAAGGCAAGUUUGACUGGGACGACUACCUCAAAGCAACCAACUCAAUAGCUGCACCAGUGGAGCUCUUUCAUCAGAAGAAAAUCGAUCCACCCUUCCGCGUGGGCCAGAAAGUGGAAGCUGUGGACCUGAUUGAGUCUGGUUUCAUCUGUGCUGCCACCAUCCUGAAGAUUGCUGGGCCGUUGCUGAGGGUCCACUUCGAUGGGUGGGAUCGCAGCUAUGACCAGUGGCUGAACUGCCAGUCCCCGGACAUCUAUCCUGUGGGAUGGUGUGAGAUGGUGGGCUACCCGCUGCAACCUCCAAGAGUCCACGAUCCUGCAAAUCAUAUUCUUCCAACACCAGUUUUGAAGAAUGGAAAGAAGCACAAAUCUACCUCAUCACCGCCUUCUCAUGAGAAACGAAAACGGUCUUUCAGUGGCUCAGCAGGCUACUUUGACAAGAGUGAAUCCGUCUCAAGCAUGGUAGAUGCAAUCUACUCAUUCUCAGACACUGAAGACCACGUCCCUCCCAAACCUCCAAAGGUCACCAAGAAGGAGAAAACAGACAAGCAGAGUAAGAAAGACCGCAAGUCUGCAUCUUCGAAAGAAAAGAAGUCCAAGAGCAAAAGCCACUCAAAGUUAAAGCAUAAGGAGUAUGCCAAAAACAAUGUACAGAUGCUGCUUUCACAGUCAGCUCCAAAUUUGGGCAGCUUGAAGACUGCUUCCUCCAAGAAGCUCAAAGAUGCAUUAACUCCCACUACUAGCAGUGGCAACUUUGAUGGAACACCUUUUCUGGAGAGUCCCCUUUCAAUGAGACUUCUCCCUGAUUCACCUCUUUCAUCCAGCGUGGACUCCUUCACUUCCUUGAGCAAUGGAGGAGGUCCAUCCACAAGUCUGACCCCUGUCACAGGCCUGCCUCUAGAUCCACUCCAGAUGUCACCAUUGACUAGCGUGUCCGACUCCAGCUUCCAGUCUGUUCUGGCCAAGGCAAGCUGUAGCUCCUUAAUGAGCCACUCAGAAAGAACACUCACAAGUGAAGAUAAAAUGAGAAAUGGAAAGGUUUCCCCGAGUUGUCCCUCAGCCUCUUCAAGUCAGUUGCAAAGAGAAUCUGCAGAGUUUACCAAAAAAAUUCCCUUCCUGAGCUCCAAACACAGUGGCUCAAAGCACAAAAGUAAGAAGUCUAAGAAGUCCAAGAAGACGCGUGACAAAGAUAAGAGUAAGAAAGAAAAAAAGUGCAAAAAGAAAGACAAGGAAAAGAAGAGAAAAUACCAAGACAGAGAAAAAAAUCCUUCAGAGAAGAAAAACGGUUCAGAGGGGAAAAUUAGCAAAUUGGCUGCACUCCUUAGUCUUCCAGGGCAAAUCAACUUCCCAGACAACAAACCUUUAAUCAAUGGAUUCCUAAAUGCAUCCAAUGAGGUUACGCCUCCUGUACCUCCUGCACCUCCCAAACCCCCCAAAAUCGAACUGCCAGAUCAUGAUCCUUUUGCUUUUGAAACUGAGGAGGAAAUUCAAGAGAGAUUAUCACUCAAAAAGAAAGUAGCACCUCCUGUGAUUUCAUCAACAGAGCAAAGUGUUGCAGCACUUCUGAAUAGUGUCAAAUCAGCAGUACCAAUCAAGAAGGUGGCCACAGCCAAAAAACUCCAUGCAAAGAAAGCCAAACAAAGCCACAUGUCGGUGCCAAAUACUUUCCAGCCUACUCCAGACAUAGAUGUCAUUUCUCAGGAAUCCAGUGACACCUCAUUACCCAGUGGGAACUUUGCCUUAGCUCAGUCUACCAAGCAGAAAGACUUUGUCCAGUUGCCCAGCCACCCUUCUCCUCCAAAUAUGCUUGCAGGCUCCCCAGUGUCAGCCUUCCCAAAGCACCAGCAAUCACCAGUCCCAAGUCCCAUGAAUGUCCCCAAGUCCAUGGCAGACCCUCCUACAGUGCAAGCCCCUCAGUUGAUGGAGUUGCGCAAGCCUCCUAUUAACAUCCAUCCUCGGGAUGCUCAGACUCUAUUGAGAACUCUCCAGUUUCAGGACCCCAACCUAUAUCGUCGGUUCCUGAACCUCAAUGCCUCAUCAGCACCGUUUAUCCCAAGCCGCAGCAGCUUGCCACCUUCCCAGGAUAGAGAUCCUCAGAAUACCGUCCCCAUAGUGCAUACAGUGCCAGCACCCACCAUAAGGAGAAACCCACAGUCUUUGCCUCGUUUGAUAAAUCCUCAGGGGAAACCUCCAGUACAAAACCCGGAGGAUAUGAUAAUGCUGCAACAUGCAGUGCCUCUAAACAGGCUGCCAUCAGGUAAUCUAAUGUCCAAAAAACAAAAAGUCGAACAGCUCUCAAGGCUCCAACUUCAGGACAUGAUUUCUGCAAUGCCAAGAGACUGUUUCGUUGAAAAUCUCCCCUUGAAAAAGAUGGGUGAACACAUUGGGCAAACUGUCCCACAAUCUAGACCUAAUGUGCCAUCAGCCAAAAGACGAAGUCCAACAGUGUCUGUGACAACUACAGCAAAAUCAAGGACCAGCCCAAUUGAGCAACUCAUUCUCAGUCAAGGGCCAAAGACAAACAUUAACCCUCCAACUUUGGUCAGUCCAAGCACGAUUCAAAGCCCGUGUGUAGCAUCCAGUCCACACAUGAUGUCCAGUCCCUGUUCAGCUUCUAGCCCACAAACAAUGCACAGCCCACAAACAGUAUUUGCGCCAAGCCCACAUGCAAUGACCAGUCCACAGUUCCUUCCAAGAGGAGCAACUCGGACACUGCCAAGUCCUCAAGCGCAGACUCAAGGUGUUCCACCCCCAGGAUAUCCACUUCACGUGGCAAAUUCACAUGCCUCGCCAGUUAUGUCCGGCAUUGUCCGACCCAAACAGGAUCCUCAUUUAAACCGAACCAUCCACAAACAACCAUCACUGACUGGGGCUCCUCCUGGAACACACAGCAUCAUGCACAGACUUCCCCCACUAGAAACAAUUUUGAAGAGUCUGAACUCUGCUGCCAAUCCCAUCAGUCCCACACUUGGAUCAGAUGCCAUCAUGAACAACCCCCAUGGCAUACAACCUGCAUCUUUACGACCAAAUCGGCCAAGGCUUGUUCGGCCUCAUAGUUUUCCAGAUGCAUCAGUAUUCCCCAGUGUCUCAGUGGCUGUCCAAUCUGCAUCUAGUAGUUUUCCUUCACCGACUUCCCCCAGUUUUCCAUACCAGUCAGUUAAUUUCCUGACAUCGGUGCCAAAGUCGCACUCUGAUCUUUCUACUGCUGCAAUGGUUAAUCAAUCAUCCAAAACAAAGACACAGACUUCCUCGAUGGUAAAUUUUCCUACAUUGAACAGGUCCACUUCCACUCACUCUGCCCUCCACAAACCAUUAAUGCCCAAUUUACCUACAUCACCGACCAAUUCCCAAGCAUCCUGCUCUGCAAACUUCAAGCUGUCUGGCUUCCAACCGAACCCAGGAAGUUCUUCCUCGGCUAGCAGUAAGUCAGGUGGUCUCUCAGUCCCUUCAAGCCCUUCCUCACCAAGGAGUAAUUCCAGUUUGUCCAAAGGUAACCCUCCCACCCCACGGAGUAAAGCUACCACGCCCAGCACCCCUACUGAGUCAGGACCAGGUUGCAUUUUGGAGGAGUUUACACUUCAAAGGAUGGUGCGACCAGAGAUUGGGAUAAUGAACCCAUGGAACUGGGGCAUCUGUGAAGUCAUUCAGUUCCUGAUUGAUGCAGGGGAGAGAGGAUGUGUGGAGACCUUCAGCAAACAGAACAUUGACGGCAGGAAGUUCAUGUCGCUAACCAAAGACCAGAUUGCUAAGCUGACCGGAAUGAAGGUUGCCCCCUCGCUCAAGAUCUACCAGCAGAUAGUCAGGCUGCGGUCUCUCUUUCCGACACCAGAGUGAUCCCCAAAGGUUACAUUCAAACUUCAUUUAUAACAGACUAGUGGCAGGCGGGUGGAGGACACAAACUUGUACAACUAAUAUUGCGUAUAUUUUUACAAAAUUGACGAUUGGAUGUGGGAAUAAAAUAUAGUAGUUCUGACACAAGUUUGUCGAUGAUAAUUAUGACACUGAAGAAACACUUCCUUGGAAGUCACCUUUUUUUUCGUUUCCCAUAAGCUGUCAUUUCUUGAGGUCUUUGCCCUUUUUCCUUGAUAAAAACAACUGUUUACGAGAAGUUGAGGCUGACAACGGAGGCUUUGAAAGUAUGCAUAUAUCUGUACAUGUAGAUAUGAUUGUAUUUAUAGACUUUUGUAAUAUACCUUGUGUGGACCCUGUCGUGUUGCUGCCAUCAAAUUGUACAUGUAACGCAAAUUCAUGUCAGCUUUUUUCGUUCGUCUGCCAAUCUGAAUCAGGAUCAGUUUGCUGCAUUAAUAUCAGAUUAUUUUUAGACAGAGUUUUGUGACUGUUCUGUAUUUGGACUUGAACAAAACUAUAAUGGAUGUGUAAUUGAAGAAACAUGCUGCCUGAACUACACUGUAAUUACUCUGUAAACUCAACAACAAAAAAGUGUACAUGAACGAGAGUAUAAUGUGAUUUUUUGAUUGAUGUUAGCAUAUUGUAUUCAUUGAUAGAGCAAGCAUGAACAUAGUUUGUGCCUAAUGUAGAGUUUUGAAAUCAGGUACGCAGUUCUUCGAUUGUUUCUCGGAGUGCUAUGAAUGAAGAUUAUAAAUAGUCAUCAUAAACUUUUGAAUUAACAUCUGAAAUUUAUCGCAAAUUGAUUAAAUCAGUUAAGUUGUGGGCAUUUUUAGAACAAGUCUUCAUUUUUCACAGUGUAGUGGAUGCUGAAUAUUGCAAAAUAAUGAGCAUUUUUCCUUCAAACAAGGAGUUUAUUCCAAAGGAAUUUAAAUUGAUCAAAUCUUUUUUUUUUCUAUGUUGUUUUUUCUAUUUGCUGAAUAACUUCACUUUUAAUUACUGACAGAUGUCCAAGUCUGCAAAAAUAUUCAAAUUGACAAAUGUAAUGGAUAAUUCGUGAUAGACUUUCCUUUUUAAAUGGAACUCAAGUGCAGUAGAAUGCCAAUUUAACGAACAUGAUGGGGUCCAUAAUAAAAUGUUCAUUGUAGUGGUUGUUUGUUAUAGUGAUUGUGCAUUAUAAUAGAAUUUAACAUUUUGCCAAUUUUUGGGAGUUAAACGGCAUGUUCGUUAUAGCCACAAGUUCAUUAUAGUGGCGUUUUACUGUACAUGUAUAUAUCAUGUACAAAUUUGGUUUUGUACAAUUCAUGUAAAUAUUUCUUUCAAGAUUGGAAAAGAGUUCAUACAUGAGACUAUUUUUGUAAAACCAGAGAAAUUUACAGAGUGGGUAUUAUUUUAUCAAGUAGCAUUGCCUUUUUUUGGUACUGAAAGUGAUAAUGUGAAAUGGAAUUGGGAAAUGUGAAAUUAUCAUUCUCGUUGGUUUGUACGCACAGGGAUACUUGCUACAGACUGUCUUAAAGAUAGCACAUAACACUAAUGGAACAUUAUUUGUACAUGUACUUCUGACAAAACAAAAUAAAACUGCCAUAGACCUGCAUUUAGAGUAUAAGUUAAGAUCAUUGAAUUCUAAAACUUGCAUCACAGACAAAAGGAAAAAAGACACUUGUGUAGUGUUCUUAAUUUAAUACGCCAGUUUGGUAUUGCAAUUGCGCUUGUGCACAUCAAGAUUUUAAUGUUGAAUGUACAUACGUCUAAAGGAGAAAUUAAAAGCAAAUCUGCAUUUUUUUUCAUGCAAACAGUCAGAAGAUGGAAACUUUUGUUUGCAAAAUUGUUGGAGCAUACAGAAUACUUUUUAAAAAAAAAGCAUGGUGCAGUCCACAGUUUUGGAGAUUUUGUACUUACUUCAGGAGAGGAACUCUCCCUUUAGUUUUGUUGGCACCUGCAUGUAUUUUGAUUGUUCAUCUAGAAAAGAAAAAUCAUGCAAUCUCAAUUCACACAUGAGCAGCUGGAAUAACCAACUGGCUGAAUGUUAAGUCGAAUUCUUCAAGCUUUUUUAUUUUCACAGAAUAUAAAGUGGCUAAGGCUUAACUAGGAAGGUAUUGUCAUGGAAACAAACAGUUAGAUCGGAACAUUAAUAACAAUGUGCAAUUUUCCUGAUGCCAGUUAUGUCCAGCAUCCUCUGUUGAUUACGUCUUUAAACAAAAUCGAAUAUUCAAGUUACUGCUGAUCAAACAGUUGACUUCCACUAAAAAGUUGACUAUGGUUUAAUGAGAUAUUAGCAGAUCUGCUUUUGGUUUAAAAUCGUUAGCUUAUAUUUUAUAAACUUAAAGAUUUUCAGAAAGUCCUGGAUAUGGGACCUUGGAAUAUUCUACCACAGAGCUGAAAUGGUGUUCUCUAUCAGUAGAAACAAAAUUGUAAGGGUAAAUUGUUAAUAUGUAACAAAAUAUUUUCUAUCAAUAGAAAAGAAAUUGGAAUCUCUGUACAGUUGUAUUUUUCAGUCUGUUUUGGAAAAGGCAGAAGCGUCUAGAAGUCUUCAAACUAUUUAACUGGGAGUCAUAUCCAGCAAACAGAAAAGGUUUCUUUAAUUUCUGUAAAUAAAUGAGUAAUUAGUAUUCAUCCUUAUUUUGGAAUUAACUUGUAUUUGUAGUUUUCUUUUAAGAUGUGAGAUGUACAAACAGUUGUGUAAAUAUUAACAUCGGGUAUGUAAAACAAUUAUAUUGAAUUUAUAAGUCCAAAUAUUGAAAUUAAAGUAACACAGAGUGGUGACUCUGAAAUCUUG